UGGAAUUAAUCAAAUGAAUAGCCCGCAAAAAAACAAUGCACACAAGCCAAACAUCCAUUCAAUUGGUUUGUAUGUAAAAGAGCGACAUGCGCAGCGUGCCAGCCUGUACGUAGAGCUACUGUUGUUACCUUGUUGUUCGUGUAUGAGUCAUCCUCAACGUGGUGUUCUACGACGAACCAUCCAUGGUGCCGACACCAAGGAUUUAAUUCAAUAUAAUUCGAUGUAUCAACUACAUUUUCUAUUUGAAGCAUAAGGCAGACUCAAGAGCAUCAGGAUGACUACCCAGAAGAAUGCCCCUGUGGACCGACACUGUGCUGUGGCCGUCAUCAUCUUUAUCCUGGGACUGGGGACACUGCUGCCAUGGAACUUCUUCAUCACCGCCACUGAGUAUUUCGACGACCGCCUCAAAGGGACCCCGUCAAGUUACGGAACGACCCCAGUUGCUAAUGGAACAACCCCAGUUACUAAUGGAACGACCCCAGUGACGAAAGACUACGAGUUUGCCAGCUUUAUGACACUUCUAGCCCAGCUUCCCCUGCUCCUCUUCACCCUGGCCAACUCUUUCCUGUAUCAGCGUAUCAGAGAGAAGGUCCGGAUUGCUGUCAGUCUGGUCUCCAUCCUCUGCCUCUUCCUCCUCACGGCCAUUAUGGUCAAGGUGCCCAUGCAGCCCGACAGCUUCUUCUCUAUUACCAUGGCAACUAUCUGGUUCAUCAACUCUUUUGGAGCUGUGCUUCAGGGCAGUCUGUUUGGGCUGGUAGGAAUGCUCCCCCCGAAGUACAGCACGUUAUUCAUGAGUGGUCAGGGACUGGCAGGGAUCUUCGCUGCCCUGGCCAGUCUGCUCUCUAUCCUCAGUAAAACAGACAAGGCCAGUGCCGCUCUUGGCUACUUCAUCACCCCCUGUGUGGCGACUCUGCUCACUUUGCUCAGCUACUUACUACUGCCACACCUGGAGUUUGCCCGGUUCUACUUAGAGAAAAGUCAAAGUCACCAUGGCCAACUGGCGACCCCAAACAAGCCUCUCGAAAGUGCAGACAAAGAAAAAGAAGCUUUGGCCAAUGGUGACCUGAAUGAGUACAACAAUGAACCCAUAAUAACAAAUGGUGAUUUUGAGGCCAGUGGGACCAAAGAAGCCCUGUUCAUGAUAAAACAGACUGACAGGUCAUCUGUCCUGGCAGUCUUCAAAAAGGUUUGGGUGAUGGCCCUCUGUGUGACAUGUGUGCUGGCUGUCACACUGUCGGUUUUCCCCGCUGUCACAGUAAAAGUGAAGAGUGUGUAUGGAAACAAGGAGUGGGACCGAUACUUUCUCUGCGUCUGCUGCUUCAUCGUCUUUAACGUCAUGGACCUGAUUGGCCGCAGUGUCACCUCUAUGGUUCAGUGGCCCUCAAAGAAAAGCCGUCUGUUCCCUGUGCUCGUGGUGUCCCGCGUGGUCUUCAUCCCUCUCAUCAUGCUGUGUAAUACUGACAACCAUCGGUACCUGCCAGUCCUGUUCUCCCACGACGUUGCCUUCGUUGCCAUCAUGACAUUAUUUGCCGUGUCCAAUGGAUACUUAAUCUGUCUCUGCAUGUCCUACGCACCUCAGCUGGUGAGGUCUAAAGACUGUGAGACAGCAGGUGCCUUGAUGACCUUCUUCCUGGCUCUGGGUCUGUCUCUAGGGGCAGCCCUCUCCUUCCUGCUGAGGAACCUGCUUUAGGGAACACUACCUUCUACAUACAGUGGGGCAAAAAAGUAUUUAGUCAGCCACCAAUUGUGCAAGUU